AUGGCAGAGAAUUUGCCAAAAAGUGACUCGUCUGCUGGAGAAGGCCCAGUUUCCUACAUGCAGAACUCCAGCUCAUUGGUGAUGCAACGACCCAACUCUGUGGCAGCAACAAGCUCCACGAAACUGGAAGACUUGAGUUAUCUGGACGUACAGAGAAAUGCUCCUCUACGCACCUCCAUCCGAAUGCCCUGGCAUAACACAGCAGGAACACGUGUGCAGCAGGAAAUUAAAGCACGCUUUGUCCCCUACAAGCCACAGGACAUUCUCUUGAAGCCGCUGUUGUUUGAAGUGCCAAGCAUAACAACGGACUCAGUGUUUAUUGGAAGAGGCUGGCUCUUUCAGGAGACGGAGGAAAAGAUGAGAAGUUCAGAGCUGCCGGACAACCGCGGAGUAGUAAUUGUUGGCUCCGUUGGCUUUGGAAAGACGGCGAUCAUUUCCAAGCUGGUGGCGCUCAGCUGUCACGGGACCCGUAUGAGGCAGAUUGCGUCUAGUAGCCCUUCUUCAUCUCCUAAGGGUAUUGACCACAGUCAGGAGAUCCCUCUGUCACAGACAUCACCACUGAGCCUAAAUAUGUGCGGGUCAACCACUAUGAAAACAUUGGGAUCCAGAGGCAGUCCUGAGCACCAAAAAACAAUGGACGAGUCCUUGAAACACCUGGCCUCAAAGGUGGUUGCCUAUCACUACUGUCAAGCCGACAACACAUAUACUUGCCUGGUACCAGAGUUUGUGCACAGUAUUGCUGCCUUGCUGUGCCGGUCACAUCAGCUGACAGCUUACCGGGACCUUCUCAUAAGAGAACCCCAUUUACAGAGCAUGCUCAGCUUGCGCUCCUGCGUGCAGGACCCAUUGACCGCCUUUAGAAGGGGAGUUCUGGAACCUCUGACAAACCUGCGUCGAGAGGGAAAGAUCCCAGAAGAAGAAUUUAUCAUUUUGGUGGACGGCUUGAACGAAGCUGAAUUCCACAAGCCUGACUAUGGUGACACCAUUGCCACAUUUAUCAGUAAAAUCAUUUCCUCUUUCCCAUUAUGGAUAAAGCUGAUUGUGACAGUGCGGACUAAUUUUCAGGAAAUAACAAGUUCACUGCCCUUAUCCAAGAUUUCCUUAGAUGAUUUCCCAGAGAACAAAGAAAUCUACAAUGACCUGAGCGCUUAUAUACAAUACAGAAACAACAGUAGCCAGGAAAUUGCAAACAAUAUCUCUAUAAAUGGCAAAACAGAUGCCAGCAGCAUCAGUAAACUGACGGACCACCUGGUGACACGAAGCCAGGGCUCCUAUCUCUACCUGAAGCUCACGCUGGACCUUUUUGAAAAAGGCCACCUAGUCAUCAAGAGCUCCAGUUACAAAGUGGUGCCGGUUUCCGUGUCUGAGCUGUAUCUGCUUCAGUGCAAUAUGAAGUUCAUGACUAAUUCCGCCUUUGAGAAAGCACUUCCUAUUCUGAACUUGGCUCUGGCCUCAUUACACCCCAUGACAGAUGAGCAGAUUUUCCAGGCCAUCAACGCAGGCUAUGUUUAUCCAGAACACAACUGGAAAGACUUCCAGCAGCGGAUGGAACUUCUCUCAUCAUUUUUGAUAAAAAGAAGGGAUAAGACACGCAUGUUCUGCCACCCAUCUUUUAGGGAAUGGCUAGUAUGGAGAGCCGAUGGAGAGAGUUCGCAGUUCCUGUGUGAACCACGAAGUGGACAUUCCCUAUUAGCAUUCAUGUUUUCGCGGCAAGAAGGAAAAUUAAAUCGUCAGCAGACCAUGGAAUUGGGUCACCAUAUCUUAAAAGCACACAUAUUUAAGGGACUCAGUAAGAAGAAUGGGAUCUCGUCCAGUACUCUUCAGGCCUUGUGGAUUGGAUACAGCACGGAUGGAUUGUCUGCCGCCCUGGCUUCUCUAAGGAAUCUGUACACCCCAAAUGUAAAGGUGAGCCGACUCCUGAUUUUAGCAGGGGCAAACGUCAACUACAGGACAGAGGUUUUAAAUAACGCCCCGAUUCAGUGUGUCCAAGCGCACCUCGGUCACGAGGAGAUGGUCAGCCUGCUGCUGGAAUUUGGGGGCAUUGUGGAUGGGAUGUCGGAGAGUGGAAUGACCCCGCUGUGCUACGCAGCUGCUUCUGGACACCUAAAUAUUGUAACUCUUCUGAUCAAAAAAGGAGCAAAGGUGGAUCACAUAGACAAGAAAGGACAGAGUGCCUUGGUGCACAGUGCUCUGAGAGGACACUGCAGUAUCCUCAAGUUUUUAUUGAAUUGUGACUGGACAUCUUCAAACCAACAGCCAAAUUAUGUAAGACGAAGCCAUGCCCUCCAACAGUCUCUGACUGCAGCGGCCAGUAUGGGACACACAGAGGUGGUGAGAUGCCUCUUGAACCAUGAGAAAGGUUCCCCAUUAGACAUCAAUGAGAAUGACACACUUUGGGGAGAGACAGCUCUUACAGCAGCAGCAGGAAGGGGGAAACUAGAGGUCUGCGAGCUCCUCCUGGAUCAUGGAGCCAUCUUGUCACGCCUUAAUAGACGUGGGAUAUCUCCCCUGUUCUGUGCAGUGCGCCAAGGGCACUGGCAGGUCGCCAGGCUUCUUAUGCAGCACGGCUGUGAUGUAAAUCUGAGUGACAAGCAAGGCCGGACUCCCCUCAUGGUCGCUGCAUGUGAAGGCCAUUGUGGGACCGUGGAGUUUCUUCUGUCCGAGGCGCGCAGACAUUGCUGCAGUGGACAAGGAAGGGUUAACUGCCUUGAGCUGGGCCUGCCUCAAGGGCCACAGAGCCGUGGUCCAGUGCCUCGUAGAAAGAGGCUCCAGCAUUGACCAGAUGGACAGAAAUGGCCGCACACCUUUGGACUUGGCUGCCUUCUACGGAGACUCUGAAAUUGUGCAGUAUCUGGUCGAUAAUGGUGCUAUGAUUGAACAUGUUGACUAUAGUGGAAUGCGUCCACUUGAUCGAGCCAUAGGAUGCCGAAAUACAGCCGUAGUUGUGACUCUGCUGAGAAAAGGGGCCAAACUAGGAAACGCAGCUUGGGCAAUGGCAACUUCUAAACCAGACAUCCUGAUCAUUCUGCUGCAAAAGUUAAUGGAUGAAGGCAAUAUCUUGUACAGAAAGGGGAAGAUGAAAGAGGCUGCGCAGAGGUACCAGUACGCUCUGAGAAAGUUUCCCCGGGAGGGCUUUGGAGAAGAAAUGAAAGCCUUUAAUGAGCUGCGUGUUUCCCUUUACUUGAACUUAUCCAGAUGCCGCCGAAAAACAAAUGUGGAUGUAGGUACAGACCCUCCUCGUUCACAGGAUCCCUCACCUAGUGUUUGUGGUAUGAAAGGGCCUCAGGACUUUGGCAUGGCUGAAGAGCUUGCAAGCAAGGCGCUGGAGCUGAAACCAAAGUGCUAUGAAGCUUAUUACGCCAGGGCAAGAGCUAAGAGGAACAGCAGGCAGUUUGUUGCAGCUCUUGCUGAUCUAAAUGAGGCUCUGAAAUUGUGCCCCAACAACCAGGAAAUAAAACGACUUCUAGCCCGUGUAGAAGAUGAGUUCAAACAGCAUCAAAAGAGCCAACAGCAGAAACAGAGCCAGCCUCCUCCUCCACCAAGCAACGACUCUGACCAAGAGGAUGAAGCUCUGGAAGAAACACUGGACAAUCAUCUGAGCCUUGAGGAGAUCCAAGAGGAUGAUAGUCCCUCUUCAGACAAGCUCCCAGCCAACACAAAGCCACUGGAUGUACCAAACAACCACAGAGCUGUGGAAUACAUUAACCAGAAAUUCCAUUCUGAAUCUUCUGAGGAACAUCCAGGAAAAAACAUAUGCCUGCAACAAGCUCUGGUGCAAAGGCCAACAAAGCAGGCACAGAUAGUUAAAACCAACCAGCACAUGAAUUCCUUGCAAUCUCUGUCUAGAUCUACCAAUAGUUUUUCUGCCCUGAAAAACCAGGCUUCUUCUACUUUAGCACCUCCAAGCCCUCUGCCUCUGAGACCAUCAUCUAACCAAGCCAGUAUGAGAGGUCCAAAUGUAGAUGGGACACAUCCUGUUUCUUCUGGAGCUCAUGGUCCUGCUUACACUGAAAAGGUUCCAUCAGGACAUGCCAUCCACAGGCAGCCCAGUGAUAUUGUGCAGUCCUAUAAGGCUUCAGGUUCCUUUGUUUCUAAAACAGCAGAAAGGUUACUGGGGUUUCCUGGAGCCCAAGAAAAUCAUUUCUGUGUAACGAAAAACCAGUAGCAGUAACAGAAAGCAAAAGAAUAGCAUCCCACAGUUUGACCUCAAGCAGUAGCUUUUCUGAAGGUGUUAAAGGGCCUGAUGUGCGCAGCAAAGAAAAUAAGCCCAACCAAACUGUAAAUGCAUCAGCUGACCACAGACCACGAAACAUACCCUUCAUGGGGAUCAUGGACAAAACCUCCAGAUCCUUGCAGCAGAAUGUUCCGUCUGCUCGUAGUUGGCAAAACCAAACAGUAGACUUAAACCCAAAUCCUCCUGGCACUGGGUCAUCUGCAGGUUUUGAGAAGUUCACUCCUAGGCAGGCAACCAGCUAUAGCAAUCAAAAUAAGACCAUGCCAAACGUAUAUGGAGGCAAUACUCACAACGGUGUAUACUCAAAGGACUUUGAGGAUGGAAAGUGUCUAACGUCCAGCCUCUCUCAAGAUUCUAAGGCUGUUGCCCAGUCAUACCAAGAGGCAAUGUUAAGGUCACAAUCUAUUUUGGCAAAAGACAAUAAUUUAGGCUCACUGUCCUCUACGAAACCAAAGCGAUCAUUCAUAGAGUCAAAUGUGUAA